CUACUACCUUCUCAAAGCAUCUCAGCAGGCGCCGAGGGGGCCUGCAGUGGCGGUUGGGGCGGCGGCCCGGCGGCGACCUUGACCCAGCAAGGCGCGGUGCUGCAGAAUUACAACAACGAGCUGGUCAAGUGCAUCGAGGAGCUGUGCCAGAAGCGGGAGGAGCUGUGCCGGCAGAUCCAGCAGGAGGAGGAGGAGAAGCAGAGGCUGCAGAACGAGGUGAGGCAGCUGACGGAGAAGCUGGCCCGAGUCAACGAGAACCUGGCGCGUAAGAUCGCCUCUCGGAACGAGUUCCAUCGGACCAUCGCGGAGACAGAAGCCGCCUACCUCAAGAUCCUGGAGAGCUCGCAGACUCUGCUUAGUGUCCUGAAGCGAGAAGCGGGGAACCUGACAAAGGCCACAGCCUCAGAGCAGAAGAGCAGCGGAGGCAAGGAGAGCUGAUGAGGCCGCGCGGGUGGGGGUCCUGCCUGUGGUCAGCGCCCCCCCGCAAGCCUGUCUUCAAAGCAUCUUUGUUCUUCAGGGAAGCAGCUUUCUCCUUUUGUUGUCUUUGGUGCCAAGAGAGGCAACUGCCAAGCUCCAUUGGCUCUGGGUGACAGGAUGGCCCUGGGCGUAGCCCACCCAGUGGGGGGUCCUAGUCCUGCACUCACACAGGCUCUGGGGAGGGAGGGAAAAUGUUACCAUACAGAAUUCCACAAUAUCCAGGAAUUCUGAGGAGUCUGGAGUCCUGGAAUGGGCUGUUCAUCACAAACGAGAUCAACUCAAUUGGGUCCAUAUUUUAUUCUAGGGAAAACUUUUGGUAGGGAAAAUGUUACCAUACCCAGCAGGAGGCAGAAAACGCUUUCCAAGAGUUUGUUGAAUCCUGAAGAGUGAAUUUUUAUGCUACGGGAGUAAACAAACUUAUUUCUCAUUGGUAAAAAUGUUUUGAUUGUAAUGGUUCCUAUUUUGAUUAAUAAAGAUGUGUUUGAGCC